CGGGAGACUCCUCCCCCCGUUCCGGAGCGGCAGGGCAACCGCGCAAUAGGAGCGAGCCGGCGGGCCGAGUGAACCAAUCCGCGCGGGUGGGAGGGCUCCGGCCGCAAGAUGGCGGCGCCCAGGCGCGCGCACGUGGAGGGGGCUGAGGCGUUGGAUGCCGUGUUCCCGCGGGACGUGGCGCUCUUUGCCGAUGCUUUCCCCGCCGAGGCCCGGUACCACUUCUGCGGCUACGGGCUCCGCAUAGCGCAGCACCACGGCUCCCGGCUCGGCGUGGCGGCGCCUGUCUGGGAGGCGCUGCCCCCUCCAUCUGUUCAUCGGGGCAGGGGGCGACCCAGAGCAGUCCCCAAAGGAACCGCAUCCCUUGUGUUCCCUUCUGACAUGUCUCCAUCAACACAUGCGACCCUGUCCUCCAUGCCACAGGCGCUUGCCCUGUGCCAGUACUUUGAGGAGCAGCAGCUGGAUUUCCGGGGCAAGCAGGUGAUCGAGCUGGGUGCUGGGACAGGCAUCGUGGGCAUCCUGGCCACCCUGCUUGGGGGAGAUGUGACCCUCACGGACCUUCCACUGACUUUGGAGCAGCUCCGGGAGAACGUAGCCCGUAACGUGCCAGCGGAGCACAUGGCUCGGGCCCACAUCCGCGCCCUGUCCUGGGGCCUGGAUCACGAGCAGUUCCCGAGUGGCUAUGAUGUCAUUCUGGGGGCUGACAUCAUCUACCUGCGGGACACGUACCCACUGCUGCUCCGCACCCUACAGCACUUGAGCGGCCCCAGCUCCACCAUCUACUUGGCAUCCAAGAUGCGGCAGGAGCACGGCACGGCCGAGUUCUUUGAGACGCUGCUUCCCCGGCACUUUGCCUGCGAGCUGGUCCAGCGGGACGAGCAGGAGAACAUCAGCAUUUACCGGGUCACACGGCGGUGAGGCAGGGGCCGUGCUUUGCCCCCAGAUUUUAGGGGGAUGGGUGCAGGCUUUUCUAACCAAGCCGCAUCCGUAGUAAAUCAGCAUCCCUGUUGAUCGAGCCACCAGCAUCCACCCAUGCUAGGGGGGAGCGUGAUUCUGCUCUCUGGACAAACACAGAACUGGACCAUGUUUCUGUGCCAGCAACAGGGAGCCAGGACAUUACCAGCCCUCCCCUCCUGCAUUGGGAGUGGGUGGAUGUGGCAACCCCCAGAACCAGAUGCCAGCUUUGGGGAGAUCUUUUUGGAGGAGGAUUCUGAGCCACCAGCAAAAGAACCUCAUACCAGGAAAGCCAGACGGGAAUAACCAGCAUUGAACGUCCCUUCAGAGACACCGUGGUGCCUUGCAUGUAUCUCUUUUCUUUUUUUGUUGUGAUGCUCUAUGAGAAAUAAAGGUGGGUUUCAUGCCA